UUUUUUGGAUAUUUUGUUUUUUGGGUAUUUUUUUUUUUUUGGUUUUUGGGUUGGGUGGUGUUGUUUUUGUUUUUGUUUUGAGAAAGUAAAAGCAAAAGCAAAUUGUGGGUUGGUAAGUUGGUGGGUUAAUGGAGGAGAGUGUUUGUGGGUUAUGAGCUCUAGCUUCAGAUCUGGGUUGAUAUAAGAGAUUGAGACAUUAUUCAAAUGUAGCUAGCUUAUUAUUGUUGAUUAAUAGUCACUUUUAUUUUUACUUCAAAGCCCUUUACUUCAAACCCACUUUCUCUUUCUCUGUCUGUCUCACACACACAUACACACUCAAUUAGUACUUUUUCUCUCUUUCUUGUUCUUUGGGGCUUGUUUCCUCUGUUUCUUUGGGUGCCACUGGCAAAAGGUCUUAAAGGGUCAACUGUUCUUGUGAGGAUUUAGAGAGAGAGAGAAGAAGAGUGAGACUAGAAAGUUAAGCUAGAAAGAGAGAGAAAGUAGAGAGAUCCGUAGUAAUGUUGGCGAUGGGGAGUCCUACCAGUGUCCGCACGAGUACUAGUUGCAAUGCUUUACUUAGAGAACUCCAGCAAAUAUGGAAUGACAUUGGCGAGAGUGAAGUCGAUAAAGACCGUAUGUUGUUGGAGCUGGAGAGAGAGUGCUUACAAGUUUAUCGAAGAAAGGUCGACGAAGCUGUCAAUGCCAAAGCACGUCUCCAUCAAUCUGUCGCGGCAAAGGAAGCCGAGCUUGCAACCCUUAUGGCUGCUCUUGGUGAACUUAACGUUCAUUCACCGAUCCAGACAGAGAAGAAAGCGUCAUCAUUAAAACAGCAACUUGCAUUGGUCAUACCAUUAGUGGAAGACUUACAAUUAAAGAAAGAGGAACGGAUUAAGCAAUUUGUGGAAAUAAAGGCACAAAUUGAUAAGAUCACUGUAGAGAUUUCGGAAUACAAUCAUCUCAGCAAUGUGAGUUCCUUUAAUCUGGAAGAACAAGACUUAUCACUGAGAAAGCUUACUGAAUACCAAACACAACUGCGAACUCUUCAAAAGGAGAAGUCCGAACGGCUUCAUAAAGUUUUGGAGUAUGUGAAUGAGGUGCAUUCCUUAUGUGGUGUGCUUGGGUUGGAUUUUGGCAAGACCGUGGGUGAUGUGCAUCCUAGCUUGCAUGGAACAACCGUCGAACAGUCUACAAACAUCAGUGAUAGUACUUUGGAGGGUUUAGAUCAGACCAUCCUUAAGUUGAAAACAGAAAGAAAAGUUCGAUAUCAGAAGCUGAAAGAUAUUGUUGCAUCAUUAUCUGAACUUUGGAAUCUGAUGGACUCAACAAAAGAAGAGAAGAGUAACUUUUCAAGGAUUACUUUGAUGCUUGGAUCCUCAGAAUUGGAAAUUCUGGAACCAGGUGCUCUUUCAACAGAGAAUAUUGAACAGGCAUCAGCAGAAGUGGAGAGGCUCACUAAACUGAAAGCAAGCAGAAUGAAAGAAUUGGUAAUGAAAAGGAGGUCGGAGUUGGAAGAUUUGUGCCGUAAGACCCACAUUGAACCUGAUCCAAGCACUGCUCCUGAGAAAUCGAAUGCUUUGAUAGAUUCUGGUCUUGUGGAUCCUUGUGAACUUCUGGCAAAUAUUGAAGCCCAAAUAAGCAAAACGAAAGAUGAAGGUCUGAGCCGAAAAGAAAUCAUGGAUAGGAUAGAAAGAUGGCUUUCUGCGUGUGAAGAGGAAAAUUGGCUUGAAGAGUAUAGUCAAGAUCAUAAUCGGUACAGUGCUGGAAGAGGUGCUCACAUAAACCUAAAACGUGCAGAACGAGCUCGAAUUGCUGUAAAUAAGAUUCCAGCAAUUGUUGACAAUUUGAUAAAUAAGACACUAGCAUGGGAAGAUGAGAAAAAGAAAUUAUUUCUUUAUGAUGGGGUUCGUUUGGUUUCGAUACUAGAGGAUUACAAACUAGCCAGACAACAGAAGGAAGAGGAGAAGAGGCGAUACAAGGACCAAAAGAAGCUCCAAGAUCUGCUGCUCACAGAAAAAGAAGCCAUGUAUGGGUCCAAACCUAGUCCAAGAAGAAGCACUAGCUCUAGAAAGGUGAAUGGGUAUCGUUCAAAUGGUAAUGGAUCCAUGACUCCCACACCUCGCCGGAACUCGGUUGGUAGUCCAACUGCAGAGCUUCUAACACCACGUUCGUAUUCUGGGCGCCAAAAUGGGUAUUUUAAGGAAAUGAGAAGGCUGUCUACUGCACCACUGAACUUUGUGGCCAUAGCAAAAGAAGAUACUAUGUCAUUUUCAUCUGUUUGUGGUUCUGAGCCGGAGUCUCCUCCUCAAGGUCGAAGUUAAAACUUGAACGGAACCAGCAAACCUUUUAGUGUUUCAGUGCUGUAUGCUGGAUUGGGGCAAUGGAAACAUUGUGAAUAUAGAAAGGGAGUGUACACUAGUGUAUGAUUGUGAUAUGUUAGAAGUACUUUUGAACAAAGGUAAAAACUAACAUUUGAGGACAUGUGUUUAAGUAGGCAAUCGACUUCAAGAAUAUCAGCGCCGAUUUACCAGUAACCUAGAAGUCUUGUCUGUUGAAAACUAGGGCCUACUGAUGACCAUUUGUAUCGUGGAUGUCGUUUGUGUUUUUAUUCUGCAUGUGUAUAUAUACUACUUUCAGUUUGUUGGAUUUGAUUUUCGUGUAGCAAACUUUCUUUAAUUUUUGUAUUGCAGCUUGUAGGAUCUUUAAAAGCCGACGCCCAAAAUAAAGAUGCAUCUCAUUUGGGUAGUUAA